AUGCUCCCCGUUCUCGCGAUCUCGGUGUUCUGCGUCGCGACAUGGGUAUCCGCGCUGAACGAUCCGUCAUCAGAUUUACCCAGGUUUGGCAAGCCGUUGAACAACCUCACGGUCUCGGUGGGUCGCGAAGCCAUUUUCACCUGCGUUGUCGAGGAUCUCGGACCAUACAAGGUAGCGUGGCUACGAGUCGAUACGCAGACGAUUCUGACGAUAGCGAGUCACGUUAUUACGAAGAAUCAUCGGAUCGCUGUAACACAUAGUGGCCAUCGAACGUGGUCUCUGCAUAUAAAAGAAACGCGCAAGACCGACAGUGGUUGGUACAUGUGCCAGGUUAAUACUGACCCGAUGUCCAGCAUCACUGGAUUUCUCGAAGUUGUUGUGCCGCCGGAUAUCCUGGACUAUCCCACCAGCACGGACAUGGUGGUGCGAGAGGGUAGCAACGUGACGCUACGGUGCGCGGCGACAGGAACACCGGAGCCGACGGUCACGUGGCGUCGUGAAGCGGGCGGCACGAUCAGCUUGUCGAAUUGGCACGCGGGGAGUAUCGUGGGCCCGGAGCUGGAAAUAACACGAAUCACACGUCUGCAUAUGGGACCGUAUCUCUGCAUAGCAUCUAACGGGGUGCCACCGACAGUCAGCAAGCGGAUUCUCCUCACUGUUCACUUUCAACCAAUGGUUUGGAUCGAGAAUCAGCUGGUCGGUGCUUACGAAGGACAAAGUCUUACGUUGGAAUGUCAUAGCGAAGCCCAUCCCAGUCCCAUUACCUACUGGACGAGGCCGUCGAAUGAAACUAUUGCAAAUGACGAGAACUACAAAGUUGAAACAGUUUCUAAAGGAUUAUAUGAAAUGACGAUGAAGCUCAUCAUAAAGUCUGUACGACCACAGGAUUUUGGAUCUUUUCGAUGUGUGGCAACAAAUUCCCUCGGAGAAACGGAUGGAAAGAUAAAACUUUAUAAGAUCGAUAAGCCACCAACAACGCGUAAACCGGGCAUGCGGCGGGAAUCGAAAAAGACAUGGAAGAUCGAUCACAGUCAUGAGAAGAAGGCUGUUGGUAUGAAGGACGAGCCAAUGCUAAAGGGCGAUGAUAUUGGUGACGAGCAGAUCGAUUUUCAAUCGGCGACGGCUUCAUCGACGUUUCAUCGUCACUUGUUUACAAAUUUCGGGAUAACUGCCAUAACUGCGAUAUUGGCCGGUGGUUUAUCCACGUAGGCCAUCAUUGUGCAUCUAAAAACUAUUAUGCGAAGAAAAGCAUCAUAAUGUAGAAAUCAUUCUUCGGAUAUGGAACACCGCAUCACAACGAAGAAAUAUCGAGUAAUGCUGCAUAAGAUCACUACUCCUUGUAAAAGAAGGAAUAUCUGUUGCAUAUGAAAUUUACGUGAAACGAAGCGAAAACCCGUUUUUAUGUACAGGCUUAGAGUUCGAAAUACCUAGCUGAUCAGGCCAGAGUGACCAGGGUAUUUCGUGAGAAGCGUAAUUAACACAUUGCAAGCCGACCUGUGUAAUAGACUUUCCUUCCUACGUAAAGACGUAGAAAGCCACCAAUCUAUUAACCCCUUUGCGCUGAAGGUGCCAGAGUAGCUGGCUUUUACCGUUCCAUUCCAAGCGGUAACUCUGUUGACCUCGCCAUCACUUGAAGAAGAAAGUCCUGUAGAUCCAGUAAAGAGAGAGAUACAUAUUAUUUGCAAGCGCAUUUUCUGAUUAGUUAGUAAAACCAAUAUUGAUAACAGCAUAAAAAUUUCAAAUUACUCAAAAAGUUGUGCUUUAAAAAAGCAUACUUUCUAUUUUCGUAUUUAACAUAGUAUAAAAGUGUUUCUACUUUAAUUUAAAUCUUAAUCUAAAUCUUAAUUUAAUAAUAUAAAUUAUUUUUUUAUAAAUCACACUAUAAGUAAUACUGAUGUAAAUAUAACGAUAUGUUGUCAUUAAUUCUGCCAUCUUGAAAACUAAGCGUACACAGCUUGCCAUUUGCUAAUAAUGUUUACAUAUAGAAAAGAAUAAAGAAGAAAAAAUAAGAGUGAU